AUGGCAGCAUUCGGAGGCCAGACACCGACGAUCAUCGUGUUGAAAGAAGGCACCGAUGCAUCUCAGGGCAAAGGACAAGUGAUCUCCAACAUCAACGCUUGUCUAGCUGUGCAGACCACCAUCAAGACCACACUGGGACCUUACGGCGGAGACCUGCUACUCGUGGAUGCCAACGGCAAGCAAACGAUCACCAACGAUGGCGCCACGGUCAUGCGCCUGCUCGAUAUUGUCCACCCCGCCGCCCGAAUUCUAACCGAUAUCGCCCGCUCACAGGAUGCGGAAGUGGGCGAUGGUACGACCAGUGUGGUCGUGCUCGCAGGCGAAAUCCUCAAGGAGAUCAAGGAGCAGGUCGAGCAGGGCGUCAGUACACAGACUAUCAUCAAAGGAUUGAGGAGAGCCUCGCAGAUGGCCAUCAACAAGGUCAAGGAGAUCAGUGUCAGUACGAACGAGGGGAAUAAGAGAGAGACAUUGAGGAAGUUGGCCGCCACCGCCAUGAGCAGUAAACUGAUCCAUCGCAAUGCCGGCUUCUUCACGAAGAUGGUUGUCGACGCUGUCCUCUCUCUCGACCAGGACGACUUGAACGAAAAGCUGAUCGGAAUCAAGAAGAUCACGGGCGGAGCGCUAGAAGACUCGUUGUUCAUUGACGGUGUGGCAUUCAAGAAGACGUUUUCCUACGCCGGCUUCGAACAACAGCCCAAGUCAUUCAAAAACCCCAAGAUCGUCGCGUUGAACGUCGAGCUGGAAUUGAAGGCCGAGAAGGACAACGCAGAGGUGCGCGUGGAGCAGGUCUCAGAAUACCAGGCGAUCGUGGAUGCCGAGUGGCAGAUCAUUUACAACAAGAUGGAGGCCCUAUACCAGACCGGUGCGAAAGUGGUGCUCUCUCGUUUACCGAUUGGUGAUCUGGCUACACAGUAUUUCGCAGAUAGAGAUAUCUUCUGUGCUGGUCGAGUGGCAGCGGAGGAUCUGGAGAGGGUGUGUCAAGCCACAGGUGCCACUACACAAUCUACAUGCUCCGAUAUAUUGCCUUCGCAUCUGGGCACUUGCGGUGUAUUUGAAGAACGCCAAAUUGGAGGCGAACGAUACAACCUGUUCAGCGACUGCCCCGAGGCGAAAACGUGCACGUUGAUUCUAAGAGGUGGGGCUGAACAGUUCAUCGCCGAAGUCGAGCGGUCAUUACACGAUGCGAUCAUGAUUGUCAAGCGCGCAUUGAGGAACAACACAAUUGUUGCCGGCGGCGGAGCGACCGAGAUGGAAAUUUCCGGGUAUCUUCACCAAUUUGCCGACAAGAACGUGCCGCACAAACAACAAGCGGUCGUCAAAGCAUUUGCGAAAGCUCUGGAGAUCAUUCCCCGACAGCUCUGCGACAACGCCGGGUUCGAUGCAACGGACAUCCUGAAUCGACUUCGAGUCGAGCACCGCAAGGGGAAUACCUGGGCUGGUGUGGAUUUUGACAAUGAGGGCGUGCGGAACAACAUGGAGGCAUUCGUGUGGGAGCCCGCUCUGGUCAAGGUCAAUGCCAUUUCUGCAGCCGUGGAGGCAGCGUGUUUGAUCCUAAGUGUGGAUGAGACGAUCAAGAAUGAGGAGAGUCAAGGGCCUCAGGCGCCGGCGAGAGGCCUCCCGCCUGGUGCGGCCCAACGAGCUCUCAGGGGAAGAGGUCGAGGUAUGCCCAGGAGGUGA